CCCAAUUACCCUCUUUCCCUGCAGCUAUCAAGAAUAUUACACCAGCUUUUAUGACUGUUGAGUGAAUACAGGGGGAGCGCUUUGGCAGCGCAUCAACCUCGUGGUCCAGCAAAGCAAAAGCGCAUUUGCUUGGUGCGAUUGAUGGCUCUCUUUUCACGUUGUUUCACGUGCAUCACAUGGUUCUCGUGGCAGUGGCCGCACUUGCAGGAGUUGCUGCUAUGCCGCUGCGAAUUCCGAAACUUAAAGUGCCGCAUCCAAGCUCAACUUUGAGUUCAAGCGUUGUUGCCAAUUGUGACAAGUGCCUUUCAGGAGGACGGGCGUCCCCGGGGCCCUUGAAGAUUGAGGGGUUCAAGAAAUAGUUUAGAUGUUGGUGCUUCAGCAUGUGGGGGUGUUCGUGUCAUGGAAGAUGUUUCUGUAGGAAAUGACGUCUCCACUGUGAUACAGUGCGUCGAGGACUUGAUCGACUUUCUGGGGCAAGCAUAUGCAAAUGUGCGCACAUCCUCUGCAGUCAGUGAACAAGUCUCCGAGGAUUUAAGAGAAGGAAUCCGCUUCCUCCAACAACUUCCAAUUGUUGAGACUGGCCAAGACGCAGAUAGGACAGACAAAGGAGCCAGUGCCGGCCCCGCCGCCCGAUUGCUAAGAAGUGCCCAGAGCUCGUUGGACGCACUCUUGAGCGACGCUCAAGCCACCAGAACCAGAAGUCUCGGCAAGAAGGUCUCCGUCGGCAGCAGCCAUGCGAGCCCCUUACCCGCCUCAUCAGCGGCUCAACCGCGGGUGGCUCCUGGCUUGCCUGGGAAGGGCGUGCAUGCUGCUGGCCCUGGGCCUCCUCAUGCUCUCCCUUUGGCUGCUCAGCGUCCAGCAGGCCAAGCGGGGCAGCGUGCACCAGUUUCCGGACCUGCUGCUCCUGGCGGCCCCCGUCCUGGUCGUCCUCUUCCUGUGGCUCCAGCUGGUGCGAAAACCCUUCCGAAGGGGGGUCCUGUCGGCUCGGGGGCAGCCCCCCCGGAACCCCCUCGCAGCGGCGGCCUCCGCAGCAAUCGCAAUUCUGUAGAGUUAAGCAGCAGCGAAAAAGGUCCGGGUAAACGGUCAGUUGAAAGACUUACACCCGGGGACUUGUACGUUGCGAGGGGGGGUGCCGAACAGGGGGGUGCUGUGGUCCAGCAGACGUCGGUCUUUGAGAAGGAAGGCGCAGGCGGCGCCUCUUCUGGGGUUCGCUUUCCCGCCAUCGAGGCAUUGCGCUUGCCCACUUCCUUUCGGAGGGCGCUCAGUAGGUUCCACACGAGGGUUGCAGAGAAGGGUGGAGAAGGGGCCUUCGGCGAUGUUAGCCGGGCGGGUGCUAGCAUCGAGAUUGAUGCACCUUCACCGGGGCUUCCCUUAGUAGAGCCGCUUACUGCAACCAGUUACGCUUCUCAACCAAGGCGUACAGGUACUGUGUCAGCAGACGGAAGUGCGGGUGAAAGGGCGCGCUUCCGAUUUCUUAAGCGCCUGGAGCAAGGAACAGACGCGGAAGGUCGUCCUAACGUUUCUACAGCCACGUUGCUUGAAGCGGCUGAUUUUUCGCCUGUGGGACUCGCCUCCAAGGCAGUCCAAAACUCGGAAACUGAAGAUGCGGUGUUCACCCUGCUAAGAGCGCAGUUGGCGCUCCUUACAAGCUUUGAAGGGAAGGAGAUCUGGCAAGCCGUGGCACCAGGGAGCAGCCACGUGGCCAGGCAUCGCAACCGGUGCCUUCGAGCCCUCCUCAGCGGACUAGAAACCCCCAACGCAACGGAUCCUUGUACCAACGUCCCCCAAAAGCGAGUGCCGUUUACGAGCGCCCGCAACAACACAAUUCAGACAGGGCUCGAGCCGGCCAGCGAAAGCCGUUACGUUUUGGGAGAAAUGCACGAAGCCUGCGCACCCUCUAACGUGCACUUGUGGCUUCCGCCCAUUUGUUGGACAGCUGUAGAGAUCAGCCCUGAGAACCUCCGCCAGAGCGCUGCGGAAGUCGACGUCGUCCCCGCAACCGGCGGCAAAAUCCGCGCUAUCACAUGUUCGUCUGCCAAGCAUAUGUCGGCCCUAGCGCACUUGAGCCACUCCAUCGAGUGUACGGUCCUGCGGUGCUACUUGGAAGCAGUCCUGGUGGCACCGCUCGUACAAACAUCUUCCGACCAGUUAGAGGUCACAAACUCUUUCCUUGCCCGCUGCCGACUCGCCUACACUCUUCUUUGCACUGAAGGUCGCGGCGCGCUGGCAAUCUCUCAUAGGGAUUGGCAAUGAAAGCCAAUCGAGGGGUUUCAGUGGUGGAUUGUUAUUCGCAGUCACUAGGAACCAAAUUCGUAAAUUUCGGCACAGCAGUUCUACGAUAGAAAAAGUGUCCUUCACGAUUCAGCGAUAAUGUCACCUUGAUUGUCAGGGCAAUUGUGCAGGUUCGCACUUGGCCGCCUCCGUUUGGUCUACAACAUUGGAUAGGGAAUUCUGUUGUGCGUCUCUAGUUGUCUGCCAGUUGAGCAUUCUGACGUGUGUCACUCCGGCAUUUGUAUUGACCAUG